AUGUAUUUUCUGCGUGAUGCCAAGAAAUGGUAUCAAGGUGGUAUAUUUGAUAAUAACUAUGAUGGAUUCAAACAACAACUGAUUAAGGCAUUUACAUCAGCCUCACAGCAGCUCAAAAUAUCAAAUAAAUUAGUGAAUCGACGUCCAGGAUUGCACGGAUCAGUUCAAUCAUAUUAUUAUGAUGUACUAUCUUUAUGUACAAGACUUAAUCCAGAUAUGAGUGAAAAUGAAAAAGUCCUGGAUUUAUUACGCGGAUUAAAACCGACAAUUGUCCAAAACGUCAUGAUGUUCACGCAGAAAAGUGUGCUGAUUUGUUAG